CUCUAUCUCACACAGGAGAGAGUAGUUGUGAUGCCUAGAAUAAACCCAACGACCUUGAUCUUUUUCAUCAUCUUUCUCACCUUCAUCUUUCCCUCGCCCAACUCCAACUCGAUAGUAACUUCCCGUCAGAAGAGGCAGAUCAAGUCUUAUCAAGCAUACAAAAACCACUUGCGAGAAUCCAUCUACAAUUCAACGUAUGCUCAAGGUUAUGGUAAUGCAACAGGCUUUCUAUUAUCCUAUGAUGAUGCUUUUUUAAAUAGAAACAUCUCCCACUGGCCAUUCCCCGACAGAGAUUACAACAAUUUUAUAGAAAAUCAGAAUUACUCAAUUUUACCAAAUUUGGUUUCAAAAUUUGCUCGAAAUAUAUGGAGUUACGAGUUUUUAAAGAAUGAUAAUCAGAUCAAUGAUGGAAAAAACGAAAACGUUGAAAUGAACAUGGGUUUACCAGGCAGUGCAAAUAAAAAAAAUCAAUUAGUUUUUUUUCCCAACAUAACAGGGACAUUAAGAGGCGACUUUCAGAGACUUCCACUAAACUUUACCAAAAUUCAUAUGCCAAUUCCUCCUCUUUUUAAAACCGACACUGAUAUAUAUCCAGAUUGGGACUACGAUAAUAAUACAGAUAACGACAACGAUGAUAACAUCAUUAUUAAUAACAACAACAAUGACAACAAUAACAAUAACAAUAAUAAUAAUAAUCAAGCAAAAUUACUCUCAAAUGAAAUCAUAGAUGGCGAAACACUAUUUGGCAGUUUUGCAUCAGAUGGAACAGAAUUUCAAGAUGACCAGUUCUUAUUUCUGGAUCUUGAUAAUAAUUACAAUAAUGCAACACCUUCUUCGAAAAUCGGAAACAUAACUCAAUUGAAUGGCAAUAUCAAGUUAGAUAUUUUUAAUUAUGAAAACUCAAUUGAUUUUUUAAAUAAAUUUUCUGAAGAUUCAGAUAAAGACUAUUCAAGCUUUGAUUCUUUAAAUUAUAUUUACCUAAAAUUGAAUUUUGACUCUUAUAACCAAGAUGAUGAUCAUCAUUUUACAAUGAAGGGUUUGUAUGACCAAAAAACUGGUAACAUCAUAUCAAUAACUGAUUCAAUUAAAUUCGAAGGUUAUUGGGAAUUACCUCAUCUAAUCCUAGACAAAUCUUCUUCUUUAUCCUUUUUUAAAGAUUUUAAUACAACUAAAAAAUUCCAAUAUUUAAAAUCUUUGCAAUCCAAUUUAGAUUACAGUUUUGUGGAUUUCGAUUACCUAGUCGAAAGAAAUAAAUUGGCUUCAAAUUGUGAAUACGUCUCUUAUUUACACGUCGACUCAAUUAAUGAUUCUAAUCUAAAUACUCAUGAUAUCAAUGAAAUCGAAAAAGAAUUAAGAAAUCCAAUUGGUAGACCAGUUAAAAAAUUACCAAAUUUAAAAAUCUCAACUGGCGUAUUUUAUUCUCCUGAUUGUGGAAUCUUACUAAAAAUUAAUGAAAAAAACCCAUUAAUUGGCGUAAGAAAAGAGGUUCAUUUGAAAAGUUUAAGAAAUAUCGUCCUAAUCGGUAUAAUAAUCCUAUUUUCUCAAAUCUUGCUAACAAUUAGACAAAUGGAUUAUACAAAUACUCCCUCAAGUAUUUCAAAGAUUUCCUUUUAUUCAAUUUCAAUCAUGAAUUUAAUCGAUGGCUCGCUAUGUAUGCUUUUCAUUUUAUCUUCAGCUUUAAUCUUUGAAUUGUUUAUACCAUUGGCAAUUAGUGGCUUUUUGGCCUUUAUCCUAUCCAGUGUCUUUGAAGUUAGAUAUCUUAUUUUAAUCAAUCAUUCACAAAUUAAUGAAAGAUCUAUAAACAUAUGGACUGCUUUAAGAGGAGAAACUAUUGAUAAUAGUAAUAACAAUAGAAAUAAUAGAACCAAUAAUAAUAAUAAUAAUAGUAAUAAUGCAUCAAGAAAUGAUAACGCCUCAGAAGAUCCAAAUCAACCAUUAUUACCCACUUCACAAGCACCGCAAGAUCUUCCACAAAUCCAGCAACCUACUCUACCUGCGACUCAACAAACAGCUAAUACUUUCCCACAAGAUGAACAAACUAUUGGCAGUUCAAUAUUUUCAAGAUCUUUUUUCUCAUUAAUCAUUUUUACAUUUUUAAUACUAAAUGCAAGCAUGUGGUCUAGAAAUGCUAGAAGAAGUUUUGAAUUUAUAUGUUUUUUUUUGCUUAAUUCAUUUUGGGUCCCACAAUUUUUCAGAAAUUUAAUACGUGGUUCAAGCAGAUCUUUUAAAUGGGAAUUUAUAAUUGGAACUUCAUUCAUAAGAUUUUUUCCCAUAGCAUACAUUACAAUGGUUAAAACAAAUCCCUUUAAUCAUCAUUAUGAUCCAACAAUGUGUUUCACGAUAUUAAUAUGGCUAAUAAUUCAAAUUUUCUUAUUAUUUUUACAAGAUUGUUUAGGUCCUAGAUUUUUGCUACCAAAGUCUUGGCUACCAAAUAUCUAUAAUUAUCACCCAAUUUUAAAAGAAGUUGAUUUAGAAAAUGGAUUUGGUCUCGAAAGAGGUGACAAUACUAAUAAAAACAAUGAUGAUGACAAUUUUGAACCAGGAAAAUUUAAAGUGGAUUGUGCUAUUUGCAUGAAUGAUAUUGAAUUACCAAUAAUCAGAAACGAAGAUGAACAGUUGAAAGAGAUCAAUGAAUUGAAUGCUAAGAAAUACAUGGUAACACCAUGUAGACAUAUUUUCCAUACUGAAUGUUUGGAGGGAUGGAUGAAAUACAAAUUACAAUGUCCUGUAUGCAGAAGUUCUUUACCUCCAAUAUGAGGAUGAGCUGUUAUUAUAUCUAUGUAUUUAUGAUGUACUUAUGAUUUGUUUACGAUUUGUUUACGAUUUAUUUAAUGCGAAGCUUUUCUAAUACCCAAUUCCUAUCUGCCAUCAGCGUAUUGUCUCUCCCCAAAAUAUAAACGGAAAAAGUGCAUCAUGGGAAACUCGACAAAAAUAAAAUCAUAUAUAGCCAUUCAUGUAAUAAUUGCACACUUCUCUUAACAUAUUUAUCUCAACAAGCC